CAGCUCUUCUCGCUCCGAACUCAUCAAUUAACUCCAGGCAGUUGGCAAUGUUCAUCGUAGCUCUGGACCAAACAAUAGUUGCAACCAGUAUACCGACAAUAACUCAUGACCUCCAUUCCUCGUCAGGCUACGUCUGGAUUGGAGGGGCAUACCUUCUCUCCAAUGCUGCUUCGGGGCCAAUUUGGGCUAAACUCUCUGAUAUAUUUGGCCGCAAGCCAAUCUUCCUUGCUGCAGAUGCAUUGUUCUUUGCUUCCUCGGCUUUCUGUGCUAAGGCGGGAAGUAUGAAGGUUCUGAUUAUUGGAAGGACGUUCCAGGGGGUGGCAUGUGGGGGCUUAAUUCCGUUGAUUAUGAUCACGAUUUCGGAUUUAUUCAGCAUUAGUCGGAGUCUGUACAUCGGAAUUAUGGAACUCGUCUGGGUGAUUGCUGGAGGCGUUGGCCCUGUCCUUGGAGGCGUGUUCACACAGAGGCUUUCUUGGCGAUGGAACUUCUGGAUCAAUCUCCCAAUCUCUGGCACUACUUUCAUCUUAUUAUUUCUAUAUCUGGAUGUUCACAACCCUAAGACCCCAGUUCUGGAUGGGCUCAAAGCAAUUGAUUGGUUUGGCAGCCUCUCCAUCAUUGGAUUGGUUCUCAUGCUGCUUCUGGGUCUCGAGUUCGGCGGUGCAACUGUCCCUUGGAAUUCGCCCCGAGUUAUCUGCCUUAUCGUUUUUGGAGCCUUGAUGUCGAUUGCAUUUAUAUACAGUGAGAAACGGCUUGCGCAGUACCCCUUGAUGCCAUUGAAACUGUUUGCAAACGGAUCCAACGCAGCGAGUCUCCUCCUCACACUCUGGCACGGAAUGAUCUACAUCGGCGCAGAAUACUACCUUCCACUUUACUUCCAAUCCGUCAAAGGCUCCUCACCUCUAACUUCCGGCCUCCUCGUCAUGCCCAUUACAACCACCGAAGCCAUAACCGGCAUACUAGCGGGAAUUCUAAUUCACUCCACUGGCCGGUAUCUCGAGAUCAUCUACAUUGGCGUCACAUUCAUGACCAUUGGAAACGGCUUGUAUAUCCUGCUCUCUCCCGCCUCCACCCUUGCUCAAAUCAUCAUCUACCAAAUAGUGGCGGGAAUUGGCGCUGGUCUGCUCUUCCAAGCACCUUUAAUAGCUCUCCAAGCACUAGUCUCCCAGGACGAAACAGCCACCGCAACUGCGACUUUCGGAUUUGUGCGGAGUCUCGCAACAUCUCUAGGGGUUGUUCUCGGUGGCGUGAUCUUCCAGAAUUCAAUGGAUAUCCACAUCCCCCCGCUCUCUUCUCCGCCCAUUAGUUUACCAUCCAAUGUCACGGAACUAUUGACGAAGGGCGGGGCGGCGGCGAAUGUUAUGUUGAGCAACACAAUUAGGGAUUCUGCUCAGAGAGAGGCAGUCAGAGGGACUUAUGCUUGGUCCAUGAGAAAUAUGUGGAUUUUUUACACUGGUAUUUCGGGCCUGGCAGUGCUGAGCAGUGCGUUCAUCAAGAGGCAUUAUUUGAGAAGUGAUCAUGUUGAGACGAGGACGGGAAUUAAGAAGAUGGCUGGGGUGACUGAGUGAGUUUUCGGAGGGUUGGGGUAUAAUGUAUAUGGAGAAGAUGCUCCAAACGUAUAUAUCAAGGAGGGGAAAAUUGCUAAAUGUCUCAACGUAGAAGGUGACAGCUUCGGCAC